UAUGCGCAUAUAGGUGCGCAGCUGGAGACCCUGCAGAGCGAUAUGAAGGACUUCGAGAACAUCAGCAAGAAGUAUCGAGAUCAGCUCAUCAGGGUCAAGGUAGGGAGCGUGGUUAUAGCACAUGCAACAGCUUACACAAGGACACAGAUUGCCAUUAUGAAGUACCACACGUUGAAGAUGGAGGAAGUCAAUGACACCAUGCGCCACUUGUGGAACAAAACCUACCAAGGCACAGACAUCGACGGCAUCAAGAUACGUUCAGACAUUGAAGGUGGUAUAUCGAAGCGGUCCUAUAACUAUCGUGUGGUCAUGACCAAGGACAACGUCGAGAUGGACAUGAGAGGUCGAUGCUCGGCCGGCCAGAAGAUGCUCGCCUCCAUCAUCAUUCGUCUUGCUCUAGCAGAUCCUUUGGGCAGAAACAUCGACGCCCUUGCGCCAGCUUGCAUCAUCAACGAGCGCAAGAGCAACUCGAACUUCCAGCUGAUCAUCAUCACACACGACGAGAACUUCCUGCGGAAGCUCGGCCAGAGCGACGUCAUGGAGCACUACUGGCGUGUCGCCCGCGACUCUCGACAAAAGUCUGUCAUCGAACGUCAUAGAUUCGGCUGAGUUGUAUGACUGGACGUUGCUGCUACGAUGCCUUCUACUGUUGUCCUCAUUGCUAUCUCGUUGCGCGGUGCAUUGCUUCCCAUCUACGGGCCCGUUACCUGCUCCUGUCGAUUAUUGUAUCAUACCAUCACUGACUUCGGCUCCGCACAUCAUGUCAUGCCUCUGCAAUAGAACACGAAAUACAGUAUACGACGAAGGUGAUAAUAUGAGGUGAUAAUAUGUGCU